AUGUCUAUUCACUAUGCAAAUGAUAUGAGACGCAUGAUUCUGGCCAAGCGGGUCGGGCUUCCUAGCAACUUCAGUGUUCCUUGUAUUCAAUUUUAUUCUAUUUUGAUUACACUCUUUGGAGAAGAAAAUGAAAACAUUGUCAGCUGGUUUCUUUUACCAUUUGCAAUGCUGGCUUCUUUAGGCAAACAUUUACACUUUAAAACAAUUUCAUGGAGCAGUUUGCUAUUUUAUGUAAGGGAAGAAAAAGGAAAAGUGAAAAAAGGGGCGAACAUUCUAUUGAAAUAUCAGAAGGGAUUGAAAAAAAAAAUUGCUCAGGGUUCAUUGAAAGCCAACACAAGAUCAAUUCAAAGAGCAGUAGAAGAUUGA